UUAGACUGAGCCGAGAGAGAGCUGUGUUACCAAAGAGAGAGAGAGAGAGAGAGAGUAAAAGAGGAGGGGAGAGAGAGUGAGUGAGAGAGGGGCAAAGAAUAGAAAGAGCAUUGUGUUGCUGCUGAGAGAGAACCCAUGUCUGCACAAAGAGAGAUGAAAGAGAAGAACCCCUGGCACAUGCCGGUGACCAUCAUCAUCACUGUGAUUGGUGUCAUAGCGAUUGUUGCCCUGGUGACGGUAGCAGUUUUGCAGAACAGGCCCCUCCCCCAAAAGUACAAGUAUGGAAUCGUGCUGGACGCUGGUUCCUCCCACACAGCUCUGUAUAUCUACGAGUGGCCGGCAGAGAAGGAUAACAACACUGGAAGAGUUGAGCAGAAGAAUUCCUGCAAAGUCAAAGGUCCGGGUAUCUCCAGCUAUGCGUCAGCUCCACAAAAAGCAGCGGAGUCUCUGAGAGUGUGCAUGCAGGAGGCCGAGCAGUGGGUCCCUGAGAGAAGACACCACGAGACCCCUCUUUACCUGGGGGCCACUGCAGGAAUGAGACUACUGAAUAUGGAGAACAGCUCGGCGUCAGACAAGGUCUUUAGAGCUGUGGAGGGAGCCCUGCAAAUGUCCCCCUUCUCCUUUCAAGGAGCGAGAAUCCUGAGCGGACAGGAGGAGGGCGCCUUCGGAUGGGUCACAGUCAACUACUUGGAUGACCGCCUCGAACAGGGUUUGGAAACCACAGGGGCCCUUGACCUUGGUGGGGCCUCCACUCAGAUUAGCUUUGUAUCAGAUAAAUAUGACGGGUCAGAGUCACCCAGCAACUCUGUGAACUUCCGCCUCUACGGAAACGACUACAACCUUUACACUCACAGCUUUCUGUGCUACGGGAAAGACCAAGCGAUACGACUGACUCUGGCACACCAGACGCAGUCAGGUCCAGAUGCAAUAUUAGAUCCUUGUUUCAACCCUGGCUACAACUCAACAAAGAACUACUCAGACCUCUACAACAGCCCCUGCGUGUCGGACAGGAAACCCCAGAGGCCACCUCAGAGCUUCAUUCAAAUGGGGGAAGGAAACUUCCUUAAAUGCCAGGCAGUGGUCAAAAACAUCUUCAACUUUACUCACUGCAGAUACAGACAAUGCUCUUUCAAUGGGGUCUUCCAGCCACUUCUGCAAGGGCCAUUUGGGGCUUUCUCUGCUUACUACUUUGUGAUGAACUUCCUCAAUCUUACCGACACAUCCAUUCCUCUGGACACAGUCAAGGAAAAGAUAACACGCUACUGUGCUACCCCUUGGAGUCAGGUUAUACAGCAGCAUCCCGACGUUAAGGUGAAGUAUCUGGCAGAGUACUGUUUUUCUGGCACGUACCUCCUCACUCUGCUGACAGAGGGAUACAACUUCACCUCACAGACCUACUCGGACAUUAAAUUCAUCAGAAAGAUAAAAGGCAGUGAAGCAGGCUGGACGUUGGGCUACAUGCUAAACCUGACCAACAUGAUUCCAGCUGAGGCUCCGGACACUCCCCCUCUACCCCACGCUGGCUACGUCUCCAUAGUCACUGUCAUGGCAAUACUGCUCUUCAUCCUCUUCCUCAUUAGCCUGCGUCCUCUAUGGCCCCGCUGCUCCAAACAACCCCAGAUAAUAUAAACACAUAGGGUUUUACACUGGGGGGGGGGGGGGGGGGGGGGGGGGACAUCAGUGAAGGUUAUUCUCCAAAAUUUGUGAAUACCAUAGUCAACUUUACACUUUACAGCCUCUGUGGAGAGGUCAAAGGUCAGAGUCUGCUGCACAACAACAGUCCCAUAGCUCAUGUGGAUUCAAGGACAUUUCAGAAGGACAAAAACUUUCUGUCUCAGGGGAGUGAGUUCUGCUUCCCUGGUUGAAGGACAUUUCUGUGUUUGUGUGUAUGUGUAUGUGUGUGUGUGUGUGUGUGUGUGCCUGAAUGUGUGAAUGAGAACGCCUGCUUGAAUGUGUGCACCCACAUCAGUCUGCAUGUUUGUGUCUUGAAUUAUGAUGUGAAUAUAAUAAUGUUUAAAUAAAGUAACCACGGUUUAUAUAAAAGG